AUACAGUAGUUCAACAAAAGUCACAUACUUCAGGAUACUUGCUGCAGAGCUGACCUUCUAGGAAAGAGUUGGCAUUCCCAUGAGCAAUGGAGAAAAUCUAUGACAAUGCUGUUGAUGUCAAAACCCUAAGCUCAAGAUCAUCAACAAUACAAGAAGGUCCCAGGAGACUUCUCAGAGCGUCUGUUCUCGGUCUGGGGCUGCUGAGUGUUUUCCUGCUGGCUGGACUCAUCGGCCUCGCUGUCCACUACCAUUACUCAGUAGGUGGUGCCGCUGCAGAUUUCUCCGCUGUCAAAGCAGACCUGUCCUCAGUGACUGAAGAGAGAGACAACCUGACUGAGCGUCUCCAAGCCAGAGAUCAGCUGAUCAACCAGCUGAAGGCCAACCUCACUGAAAAGACCAGAGAGGUUGAGUGUUUGAAGAAAUCGUGUCCUGAAGGAUGGAGGAAGUUUGAUAGUUCCUGUUAUCUCUUCUCUACUGAGAAACGUUCAUGGGAACAAAGCAGAGACAACUGCACAGCCAGAGGAGCACAUCUGGUGAUCGUAGACAGUGAGGAAGAACAGGAAAUCAUAACUAGCAUGAUCAAGGAAGACACUUGGAUUGGUUUGAGUGACAGAGAAGAGGAGGGGACCUGGAAAUGGGUGGAUGGAUCUCCACUGAAUCUGAAUCUGACGUUUUGGAGCAGAGGAGAGCCUAAUGAUUAUCAUAAAGGAGAGGACUGUGCCCACAUCAAACCUGACACCAAAAGGUGGAACGACGCGUCCUGUGAGCACGAUCUGCAUUGGAUCUGUGAGAAAGAAGCUUAACAUUGGUGUCUGUUUGGAUACCAAACAUGCAAUCAUGCUUUUACAAUUUAUUUUAAAUUGAGUUAUUUAAAACUAUUCAAAAUGCCUGAUUUCAUGAAUAAGAAUUACGUUUCAUGACUCGCAAAAUCACAAUUAGUUUUUUGUUUUUUUUUCAAACUAAUAUCAGCAAUAAAUAAAUAGUCAUUUAAUAUGUUUUUGCCAACUUUUAUUUGACUCAAUUAAAUUAGUAUUUGUAAUAAUCCUUUUACAUAUCAACAUAAAAACAGCUUCCUAAAAACAUCUGCUGAUAAGCCCACAGUUCCUGAAAGCUAUAAUAUUGAAGGUGCCUUAUUGAGCAGAAUAUGAUAUAAAUAAGAAGAAUAAAAACUGUCAAACAUUAUUGAAUAAUUCAGAAAUAUACAACAAUACUCUAGUCUCAGCAUUGGUCUAACUUGUUCAAAUGUGUAAAAUAGCCUGUGUGUUUAUACAGUAUGUUUCCUAACAAUGACCUCUUGUGGCCAUGUGAGUACAAAUCUAUUGCAGGUAUUUAACAUUCAUAGGUACCAGCCACUUUGUACAUACUGUAAGAACUAGUGCUGUAAAUUAAUACAAACAUGUAUGUAUGUUUAUUACAAUAAUAAUCUGGGACUUUAACUGCAGGAUUUGCUCAUGAUUCAUUAAAAAAGUAAACUGCCUUUUAUUUGAAGUUAAUUACAGACCUUUAGUAAAUGGGCAAAUUAGAUAUAGCUAGAUCAGGAAAUGGCAACUUUCGUUGAGCAUGCAUACAAAGAUAAAAACCGUAAAAACAUAUUGUGGGUGUAUUACAUGUUCUCUGACAAGAUAAAGCUCUUCCACUUCAACACAUUGCUGUUAUCAGAUAAAAAGCAGCUUUACCACUUCACCUUUUUUUCUCAAAGUGAACAACUCCUCCCUGAAAGUUGUCUUGAAUGAUGUGCACUUUUUAUAUUUAUGAUCAGCAGCAGACAGAGUACUUCAGAGGAAAGACAUUUGUGUUUAUCAGCAUUUAAAAUUAAGAUCCCUGCUUUCACAACAAUGUCAUGCUAUUCUCUUUUUAUUAACCAGUAAAACAGAUCUAUACAGGAUCAAUACAUUUAGAAUAUUAUUAAUCUUUAUGGCUUUGUAGGAUGAUAUGUCUCUAUUUAACACAAUGGACUUGAUUAUCUCACUUGUUUCAGUCUUAAAUCUGUAUUGUCAAUGUGCUUUGGCAAUAGUAUGUUUUUAAUAUGGGCAUGUCAAUAAAGCUUAUUUGAAUUUG